CCCGCACUCCUUCUCCGAUGUUGACCCUCUCCAACACAUUUCAACCACACCAAUACUGUGUUGUGCCUGCAUGGAUGAUGGAUCAUCAGUUUUCUGGCGCAUUCAUUUCAACCGUGACCUUGCAAGCUAUUAGCCGUUCAGAAGCAUCCAAGUACUAUUUCAAGUUCCUUUGGCCGCACUUUUCUCGGUCGCGCUGUUAUCUCGGUAUUCCUCUCAUGAUAAAUACUACAUCUGCAGUCGUCAGCUUCUUCCCGAAGCUGACAUGUUUAAGCUCAAUCUGCUGGCGGCUGGCUUUGCUGCAGCUAUACCCCUCGUCUCUGCAGUUGCAUCGCAGUCUUACAAAUGGAACAGCGUCAAAAUAGGCGGCGGCGGCGGAUUUGUUCCCGGCAUCGUCUUCAACACGAAGCAAAAGGGUCUAGCAUUUGCACGUACCGAUAUCGGAGGUGCCUACAAGCUCAACGUUGAUGAUACCUGGACCCCUUUGCUUGAUUUUGCUGACAAUAACCGAUGGAACUACUGGGGUGUCGACGGUCUCGCGACCGAUCCUGUUGACCCUACGCGCCUAUAUUUAGCCACCGGAAUGUAUACAAAUUCUUGGGAUCCCAAUAACGGCAAUAUUCUCGUAUCCACUGACGCCGGAAAGACCUUCACGCCCUCUCCAUUACCGUUCAAAGUCGGAGGCAACAUGCCUGGGCGUGGAAUGGGCGAGCGCCUCGCGAUCGACCCUAAUAGCAAUGGAAUACUUUUCUUUGGUGCUAGAAGUGGACAGGGACUCUGGAAAUCUACUAAUUUUGGACAAACCUGGACUAAAGUCACUUCUUUCACCAAUACUGGAACAUACAUUCCCGAUCCAAGUGACUCCAGCGGAUACAAUUCGGACAAAGUUGGCGUCGCUUGGGUAACCUUCGACUCUACAUCAGGAACCUCCGGCAAAGCCACCCCUCGAAUCUUUGUUGGCGUUGCAAACAAGGGCUCAAACAAUAUCUUUGUCACAAACGACGGAGGAAAUACAUGGUCUGCCGUUCCCGGACAGAACUCCACUUCUUUACCUCACAAAGGUGUCCUUUCGCCCGUUGAGAAAGCCCUGUAUAUUAGUUACAGUGAUGGCGCAGGCCCAUACGACGGGACUUCUGGAGCUGUAUACAAAUACAACAUCGCAAACUCGACCUGGACAAACAUCACUCCUGUCUCUGGUUCAGAUCUGUACUUCGGUUUCGGUGGUGUCGCAGUUGACUUACAGAAACCCGGAACCAUAAUGGUUGCAGCGCUGAACUCUUGGUGGCCUGACGGUCAAAUUUUCCGCUCCACAAACGGUGGUGCUAGUUGGUCGCCACUUUGGGAUUGGGCAAACUAUCCCACCUUGAACAAAUACUAUUCUUAUUCGGACAGUCUCGCACCUUGGUUAGGGCCUAAUUAUGUAGAUACAACAGCCGGGGAUACACAAAUCGGGUGGAUGAUGGAGGCGCUCGUAAUCGACCCUUUCGAUUCAGACCAUAUGUUGUAUGGAACGGGUGCCACAAUCUACGGUAGCCGUGACUUGCUAAAGUGGGAUACGGUCCACAACAUUACAAUCAAAUCGAUGGCUGACGGAGUAGAGGAAACCUCCAUUCAGGGUCUUAUUUCACCUCCGUCUGGUCCUCAAUUGUUGUCCGCCGUGGGAGAUAUCGGAGGCUUUGUCCACAAGAACCUUGACGUCGCUCCAGCCAGCUCCUACACCAAUCCGACAUGGGCCACUGCAUCGGACAUAGAUUAUGCUGGUAACAAGCCCGCGACCAUUGUUCGCAUUGGAACGGGAACGACUUCUGAGACCGGCAAGAAUGUCGCCAUAUCCAGCGACUCUGGCGCAACAUGGUCGCAAGACUAUGGCGCACCAGAGAAUGUCGGGGGCGGAAAGGUAGCUAUUUCGGCCGACGGAGACACUGUCCUUUGGCGUACAGAUGGAAACGGUGUCAUGGUUUCGCAAUACACCAACCCCUUUAUAGCCGUUUCGUCUCUUGGAGCCAACGCCGCAAUCGCCUCAGACAAGAAAAACAAUUCGGUUUUCUAUGGAGCUGACAGCAACAGGUUUUAUCUUUCUACUGAUGGGGGCAAGACGUUCUCCGCCAAAGGUACUCUGGGAUCGUCCACGUCCCCAUCCAAGAUUGUUGUCAACCCAUCCACCACCGGUGAUGUGUGGGUAUCCACGGACAAAGGUCUUUUCCACUCUACCGACUCUGGUUCAACGUUCACCGCUAUUUCCGGUGUCUCUCAAGCAUGGGCCAUUGCCCUCGGAGCACCAGCUAAGGCUGGUAGCUAUCCCGCACUUUUUGCCGCCGCUAACAUUGGUGGCAUUGGAUACUUCAGGUCUGACGAUGUUGGUGUCAACUGGGUGACAAUAAAUGAUGGUGCGCACGGGUUCGGAAGUGCAAGUUCGAACUGUAUGGCGGCGGACCCCAGGGUAUAUGGCCGUGUUUACAUUGGAACCAAUGGCCGUGGCAUUUUCUACGGCGACGCAGCGGGUACUGCUCCUCCUCCGACUUCUACAAUGACAACAGCGAAACCUACGACUACGAUCACGUCCACGUCCACGUCCACGUCCCAAACCACAACUACGACAACUUCCGCACCUCCGACAGGUGUUCAGACUGCUUAUGGCCAGUGCGGAGGCAUUGGUUGGACGGGACCGACCGCUUGUGUCUCUGGAUAUCAUUGUCUGGUCGGCAAUCCAUAUUACUCACAAUGUGUUCCUGUUUAAGGGGUACUAUAAA